GCCUCAAAAUACGAGAAAAACUAAAGGUUACAAAGCCGAAACUUUGAUCAACCUCUCUCUCUCCUCUUGCACAGUAAAAUCUCUUUCUUUUCCUUUCAACUUUUAAGUUUCAACCUUUCCUCUCUCUCUCUCUCUGGUGUGGUGGUGGUGCCAUGCCCAUGUGCUCGCGUUUGUUGGAUUCCCGUACCAAAUGCAGAGCCUCAGCCCCUACCAUCUUUGCCCCACUCUUCUUCUCCCUCUUCCUCACCUCUUCCGCCGCAUGCUUUAAUGGAAAUUGCCAGGUUCUGGAAGCAUGUACAGCUGCCACCGAUUGUGGGCCAGGCCUCUAUUGCGGCAAUUGCCCCGCUUUGGGCAGGACUCGGCCCGUUUGCACCAGAGGCCAAGCCACCAUCGUUACAUCUCUCGUGAAUGGUUUGCCCUUCAACAAGUACUCGUGGAUCAUGACUCAUAAUUCGUUCAGCAUCGUGGAUGCGCCACCUUUGCCUGGAGGAGUUCAGAGACUCACCUUUUACAAUCAAGAAGACACUGUUACUAACCAGUUGAGGAAUGGAGCGAGAGGAUUGAUGUUGGAUAUGUACGACUUCGAGAAUGAUAUCUGGCUUUGUCAUUCAUUUCGAGGGCAAUGCUUCAACUUCACUGCAUUUCAACCUGCAAUAAAUACUUUGAGAGAAGUGGAGGCAUUCUUGACUCAAAACCCGACAGAGAUCGUCACCAUUGUAAUUGAGGAUUAUGUGCAUACUCCGAAGGGGUUGACUAAUCUAUUCAGAAAUGCUGGACUUGAUAAAUAUUGGUUUCCUGUGUCUGAUAUGCCUAAAAAGGGAGAAGAUUGGCCCACUGUAACAGAGAUGGUUCAAGUGAAUCACCGACUUCUUGUUUUCACUUCGGAUGCUUCAAAGGAAGCUGAAGAAGGAAUAGCUUAUCAGUGGUCUUACAUGGUUGAGAAUGAGUCUGGAGAUCCUGGAGUUGAAGGGGGUUCUUGCCCGCAUAGAAAAGAAUCAAAGCCGCUAAAUUCUAGAAGUGCAUCACUUUUCUUGCAGAAUUACUUUCCAACAGAUCCAGUUGAAGCUGACUCAUGCAAAGAGCAUUCGGUUCCACUUGUUGAUAUGGUGAACACAUGUUACAAAGCUGCAGGGAAUGUGUUGCCUAACUUCCUAGCAGUUAAUUUUUACAUGAGGAGUGAUGGUGGUGGUGUUUUUGAUAUCGUGGAUAAAAUGAAUGGCCAUUCAUUGUGUGGCUGUAAUACAAUCUCUGCUUGCCAGGAGGGAGCACCUUUUGGAUCUUGCAAGAACAUUGCUGUACCUAAUACAAGUCCAGUGACCAACACAGCUGGAAGCUUUACAGGAUCUGUUCAGUUCUCCAGAUCAGCUUCACCAGUCCAUUCUCCAAAUUGCUGGUGUUUCCUCGUGUUUUACUUCCUGCUUAUUGCUGUUUUAUUGUAACUGUGACGAGUAUUAUUGUAUACCAUAUGCAAGCUAAGUCUCAAGUGAAGCUCUUAGUGUUAUAAUAUUUACGUAUUUAUGUAUCAUAAGUGAGCUUUCUUUAUAAGCGGGGUUUCUAGUGUUUUAGUAUGUACACUGAAAUACUGCCUCCAACAGUGAAAUGUCAUAGAACUGCUUAUAGGCUAGAAAUUAGAUAAAACAAAAUUUUGGAAUUGCUGAGGCUAUAAUCAAGGAUCAGUGAGGUCAUCUGAGGUAGAUGGUAACCAAGAAAGGCUAAGAACGCAUCCAGAGCAGUUCAGGAUUUGUACCAAGGUAACAUUAGUCAACGACAGAAUAGGAAAUUUGCAAUAUAGGAUCAGGAUGGCUGAAAGCUCCUGGUCAUUGUUACGGGCUUACGGUUUCUUGCAAUUGUAUAAUGAUGAUUCUUAUCACCUGCCUUUCCCUUUCCACUUCUGUAUUGAUGUUGAAACAAUAUAGUGGUUUCUCCUACAUUUUAACCAUAUAACCUUAUAGUUAAUAGUUAACAGUUAAUAUGGAGCAUGGAUAUUUUAGUUUAA